UUUUUGGCAAACAAAAAUAAAACACUUUCCAACACUGAUAAGUGUGACAACUGUAGGUAAAAGAAGAAUGUAUUUUUUUAAUAAUUACUUUAAAAUGUUUUUAAAUUCAGAAUAAAGUAAUGGAGACAUUGAAAUUUAAGGAAAAUAUAUGCCGCAUUUGUUUGGAAGACAAUGGAACUCAAAACUGGAACGAAGAAAUUGAAAUAUUAUGCGGUUUCAGCUACAAAGAUUGUUAUUACAAAUACACAGAGUUACAGGCAGAUGAUUCAGAUUAUUUACCAACAAAUUUAUGUGCAACAUGUUCCAGUGGUCUUAAAAAUGCUCAUUUAUUAUUUGAAAAAGCUUUUGAAUCAUAUAAGGUUCUUAACGAGAUGCUCUUUACUAUGAAAGAUGAAUGUGAUGUGAGUAUUGGGAGUAAAGAAACCACAAUGAAAUUUGAAAUUAAUGUUAUUGAUGAUUAUGAUACUACGGCAAAUGAUACGACAUAUACAGAUAUCGAUGAAGAAUUAAUGAACGCUACAAAUGAUAACGAUAACGAACAGGAUGUUAGCACAGAAUAUUCUAUAAGCAAUAGUAUUUUUAAAGAAAUUACAAUGAGUGAAGGCGAAACUAUUGAGAAUCAAUCUGAUCAAGAAUAUAGCGAAAGUUCUGUCUCAUUAAAUACGGUUAAAAAGAAAAAAUUACAAAAAUAUUUAUGUGCAUAUUGCUCAUUGGAAGUCAAGGAGUUAGCCUCCCUUAAACUUCACGAAUCUACACAUUGUGAAAAUAGAAAACGUACAGAAGCCUGUCCCCAGUGUGGAGUUAAGUUCUAUACAAAAAAUUCAUUAAGAACUCACAUGGGCAUUCAUGCUAAAAAUCGUGAAAAGAAAUUUAAAUGUGAAUUUUGUAUUAAAGCAUUUUUUAAUCGAGGAGCACUUAAUGUUCACAGACGUAUACAUCUUGGUCAGAUGAUAGCUUGUAAACUAUGUUCAAAAGAAUUCUGCCGACAAGUUGAUUUAGACAAACAUUUGGCGAAACAUUCAACAGCCCCUCUACAUAAAAAAGCUGAAAAGUCCAAAUAUACUGUACAAUGUCAAUAUUGUAAUGAUUCGGUUGCCACCACAAAAUGGAAGACACAUAAAGCUAUUCAUCUCAAUCAACCUCUGGUGAAAUGUAAAGUUUGCAACAAAGAUUUCUUUGCUAGAAGCAGUUGAACACUUAAGAAGAGUACACGGUAAAACUAUAGAGGAAUAUGAUGAACUUAUUGAAUAUCUAAAUCCAAAUAUACGCAUGUCCCAUUUAAUGAUACGACAACAAGAAAUAGUAGUACCAAUUUCAGAAUAAAUAUUUUCAUCUAC